AUGGCAUCGACUUUGAUUUCAUCAAAAACAAACUCUGGUAAAUCAUCCAGUAAUAGUAUAACAUCAAAUGAAGCCCCUAUUACGGAAGAAGAAUUAAGAAAAAAAGAAACACCAAUUACAAUUAGUGAUAUUCUUAAAUUAAGAAAAGCUACAAAUAAUUAUUUAACAGAAACAGAUAGAAAUGUAUAUAAAAUUGAUUUUGUUCAUUUUCGGAUUCGUGAUAUGAAAACAAAUAAGGUACUUUUUGAAGUGGAACGAGGACAAGUAGAUGGAGGUGAUCCAGAUAAUGAUCAAGAACUUGAGGUUGGUCGUUUUGUACAAUAUCAUUUUCCAUCAUCAUUCCUCAAACUUAAACAAGUCGGCGCUCUAGUCGAUUUUACAGUAGGCGAUCGUGAAGUACAAUCAUUUCGAAUGAUUGAACGUCAUUAUUUUCGUGAUCAAUUAAUCAAAUCAUUUGAUUUUGAUUUUGGUUUUUGUCCACCAAAUACAAGAAAUUCAAUUGAACAUAUUUAUGAAAUGCCAGAAUUCACUGCCAAGCAAGUUAAAGAAAUGGUUGAAUAUCCAAAUGAAACCAAGUCAGAUAGUUUUUAUUUUGUCGACAAUCAGUUAAUCAUGCAUAAAAAAGCCGCAUAUGUAUUUGAUCUUGAACAUUCGCAUUAA